CACCAACAAGCUUGUCUCUUCAUUCUUCGCUUGCUUGUUUACAUGUGAAUUGUCGGAGUGGGGGAGUAUGAAAGCUCUCUUCAAUCUUUGCACAGUGUCAUCCUGGAUGCAUUCUGGGCAUCCACCCGGCCGCAGCAUUGCCAGCAUUCGCCGUUGCCCAAUUGCUGUGCUGACUGGAGUGUCUGCCUUGCUUGCCCGCUUCACUCCAGAAGCGUGUGAAGCUUAACCUUACAUCGGAACACCGAAUUGUUGCUCGCUAACUAAAGUAUACUUGAACGUCCGCCUCUUCUCGGACCAAAAUGGCAUCGUCACCUCCACCCUCCAGGCUCACUUUCAAAAAAUUGGAAUCUCUCUCCUCGAAGAAAUCAAAUCACAGCUCCGACCAUGUUGACGACGCAAGCUCCUUCACCUCAAUGUCGUCAAAUUUCAAUGCGACCGUCUGCAGGGUAUGCAAAGGCGCCGAAAGCUUGACUUCUCCCCUCAUUACCUGUAUCAGAUGUAGGAGCAGAUAUCACAUGAGCUGCACGAAUCCCAGGUUGAUCGACUACAGAGUGGACUACACAUGUGGUAGGUGCACAGAGAAGAGAAAGAAGCCUGCUACUUCAGUAGCCCGUGUUAGGACAGAUGGUCCGAUCAACAAUCAAAGACCGGGGGAGACCCAGCCAGCAACAGACAACCAAAGCAACGGCGAAACAAAAACCAUUCUGUGCGAGGCAGCCUGUGGCAAACCUGCUGUGCCUCCCAAGCCGCCAAGCACGAAGCACUUAUGCGUUAUCUGUGCCGUUAUGGAACGAUCCCAAGCCGCUCGUAAACUACAUCUUUCAAAGCCAACAACAAUCUCCAGACCAUUCCAAAAGAUGAAACUAUACCCCUUACAUCCAGAUGAUCGCCCACUCGUCACGAACAAGAGGAAGCGUUCCUUUCCUGGGCAGAGCGCUAGAGUCGAAGGUUCUCGAUGGUCAGCAGGAUCGAAAGAUAAUGCUAGUCACGUCAAGAAUCCCGUAAUCGGACGACGGCUGCGAGUGGCUUCCCAUGAAGACUUCAGGGGGCAGCAGGCAAGGGUAAGUCUUGCCCACACGGAGGAUCCUUCUACAAAGCCGACUGAGGCUUUGGGAGCGAAUCCGAGCUCAGUUGACAGCACAACACAACGUGAAUCUCCAGUCGCAUCUUCGGAAUCGCGCAAGUCGGCUCAAAGGGUAGAUCGUAACUUUCUGCCCCUAAUAAACUCUCUUGAGAAGAGGUCUGGCUUGUACGAAAUGAAUGGCGCUGGCGGCAACCCCAAUUCUUCAACCUCCACAGUUGAAAAACAGCUUCCACUAUUGGAACCGAUAAUCGCAUAUCCUGAAAAGUCAAGUCAAGGUUCGCCGAUGGCUGGAGCUGGGGCCGAUGAAGAGAUCCCGGACGCACUCGAACCAAAUAGAAUUGCUCGAAACAGACGCUUGUUUCCACAGCCUCCCUCUCCAAUGUCCGACUCUUCUUCGGAAUUAUCAUCUCCCCAAACCCCAAGCAUCAAUGACGACAUCGUGAAUGAUUUGACACCUGCUGCUCUUGAGCAUGAACUUUUGUCAGGAUCAUCGAAAGCAUCAAGUUCAUCCGAGAUGAUUGAUGGAUUUGAUGAGAGUGAGCUGGACUUUUUCAUACAGAAGCAGUCACAACGAGAUCCAUCCUACGAGCCCGAGCCCAAAGAACUGCUCGAGACACAAAGAUGGGGUGCGGUGGAUCCACGAAUUGUCUGGCCUCAAAGGAUGAGUAAAGAUCAGAGAGCACAAAAAGUACUCGAGAUUGCGGCGAGAGCAAGUAGAAAGCAGUGUUUCGGCAAUAUCCUACGCCCACAACUUGUACAGGAGAGAAUGGAGAUGGGAUGGGACCUUCACCAAUCAAGAGAGAAGCGUGACGAUGAUGAAUACAGGGAAGGAAUUCAGAGGCUUGAAGAGCUCUUUGGGGUGCCGGAAGGGAUCCUUGGAAAUUGUGUGCCGAAGGUUCUUGAUGGUCGGCUCGUGAUGCAGGAGAGAAAGCGAGAGCCGGAGCCUCGUCGACCUGGACGGCAGAAGAAAGAGGUUCCGCUCGGCGUAUUUCCAGUGGUUGGUGGACAAUGAAAGGGCUAUGAGGGAGGCUCAAGCUGGAUUUAUUAUCAUGGAGGUGCUUGGCCAUAUGGUCCACUGUACGGCAUCGAUUUAUUUCUCCUUUUUUUCUUCAUUGCGUAUACCCAGUUCUCAACACAAUGCAUUUAUUCAAAGACAACGAGAUCAGUUGGUCAAUUUCUCCAAUGCACAAUCAUCAUCCAAGAUCAACGCCCUCUCUCGACCUUAACACACGUCUCUUACCAAUUGUAAGAUUAUCCUUCUAUUUCCUUCCCAGCUUUCUCUUGGUCUUUUACACCCACCUCACCCCUUUUCGGCCAUCUGUCGUCUCCCGCAGUAUUCUGACGUCCGAUGAAGAAGUAUCCACCGUGGCCUUAUCAUUUUGGUUUUACUCAUCAAACAAUUCAAGUUUCCUUUCCACCCCCAAAUGGCACCUUUUGUCGGUGCACGCAGAAGUGGAGCAGAACACCCUGAUCUAGCUCGAGAAGCGAGGUAAUCCCCAGUUUAAGUAAGCGUUCCACAAGAAAAGUAUAUCCCGAUUUGCUCGCUAAGCUCGCUUCCCACCGGGAUCCAAAAGGUUAAAAACGUUCCAUUUGGGGGUGGAAGGGAUAGACUCUACUUCACCCU